UUGCUCAAGAAGUUUGCCUCGAAAACCAAAAAAAAGUUUUGGUAUGAAGGUCCUUCCUUGGGAUCUUACUUGACUUACAAACCAUCCAGGCUAGAUCUCCUCAUGAAGAGUACCUCAAAGAAAACCAGGAAGGAGGACCAUGUGCGCCUGAGGACCCUGAACGGCCUGCUGUAUAAGGCUCUGACUGACCUGCUGUGCACGCCGGAAGUGAGUCAGGAGGUCUGUGACUUGAAUGUGGAGCUCUCCAAGGUCUCUCUGACUCCAGACUUCUCAGCCUGCCGCGUGUAUUGGAAGACGACGCUUUCCGCAGAGCAGAAUGCACACACACAGGCCACCCUGCAGAGAAGCGCUGCCUACAUGAGGCACCUUCUGAUGUCCCAGCAGACCAUGAGGAACGUGCCUCCAAUUGUGUUUGUUCAAGACCGGGAAAAUGCAGCUCUAGCUGAGAUUGAUCAGUUACUGGCAAUGGCUGACUUUGGACCCUCAGAUGACAGAGGCGGCUUUAUAGACAAUGAUUUCAGGGACCUUGACGCCGCAGCACCGUGCUGCCCUGUGGGACCAGCCACACACUCCAGCCUGUGUGGGAUUGAUCAUGAGGGACUCAACAAGCAGAUAAUGGAGUACAAAAGGAGAAAGGAGAAAGGGCUUGAGGGCCCAGUGUGGACGGGGCAGGUGGCUGUACUGACGAAGCAGAUGAGGAAGGGGAAGAAGAAGGCCAGGCCCCGCACAGACCAGGACACUGACCUCAAGAACUACCUGUUGGGUGAGGAGGGUGGAGAUGACAUGACUGAUGCUCCACAGUACAAAUGCCACCCCCUAGAUACAGAGGAGGCAGCAGGGACAGAGAGAGGAGGCAGCAAAGCAGAUCACAGCUAUGGCUGCAGAGCUAGGGGCAAGUAGGUGGCAUCAGCUCUGCCCACCUGUCUGUGGGAAAGCACUUGCAUGUGGCGUGGCCUGCAACUCCAGCAAGACAGUUGAUGGAGCUGAAACUCUCAUAGUAUUGCUAUUCUUCUGCCAGGUCAGUGUUUUCUAGUUUUUCCAGGUUUCUAAAUACAAGUUACCAUAGAAAAGUUUAUGUUAUUUCUUUUUUCCAACACUGUGUGUAAUUAAAAUAAUGAAGGGCCACCUUUUAACAGAUUCUCACAGAAAUAAAAAUAGCAAAAUAGUGUCUCAGACACUGGCAUGGGCACCUUCACCUACAGAACCAUGCCAGGCACAGUGUGCUUGGCUCAUAGGGCCGGGACCCAGCUGAGGCAGGACUGAGGACUGACAACCUGAGGAGGGCAGAAGUCCCAGAGCUCCUCACCAGAACAGCUAAACAGGCACCCAGCACUGGUCUUCCUCCUCUUACUGGCAUCUUAAACAAAACCUUGUGCCUCAGUUUCCUUCUUCUGAUUGAGGCCAUGGUGGAGCAGAAAGUGUGAGCCUGAGCUGGUUUGAUGGGCUUCUUGGGUGUCCUUGGCCUAACCAUAGCACACAUCAUGCCUGAAGUUGUAGCAUGCUUUCCCCUAGGUGCUCAUGGCCAGCUAGUGGGUAUUUUCUAAAAUCCAUUCAAAUGUCCAACAGACCUGUUUUUGCCUUCUAAGGAGUGUGCAACUCUGGGACACAAGCUGUAGUAAUGUCUGUUGUACUAAAUUUCUUAUGUUGCCUCCAAGGCAGAGACUUGUUUGGCUGCUUAUCAGAAGGGAAAGCAUAGGUACUAUACUGUCACCUAUUCUUCAGUUCUGCUUCCCUCUAACUGCCCUGGCUGUCAGGUUCCAAAUUCCCCGCUGGACAUGAAUUAACCAAGCGGCAUGGUGGGUUACCCUCCAAGCCCUGGCUUCUUGUUAGUGCAGUGGGACCAACACAGCAUCGCUGUGAGAAUCAGGGUGGCAGGUGUCGAGCAUCAUGUUCAUGUCUGCACGUGGUAAGUGCCCAGUGAACAUUGUGUUAAAGGAGGAGAUAUAGGUGCAGAGUCUGCAUGGAUGCAUCUGUGACUUUCGUUGGUGACUCCUGCCAGCAGCAGGUUUGGGAAUGGCAUGGGUGAGACCAGUAACAGCCAGUGGACAAGUAUUUUCCCAAGAUAGAAGUCUUCUUCCCUCUUGUCCCCAAAACCUUUUAUAUCAGAAGCUGUCAACACUUUUUAGGUUCAUGGCAGCAAAGCAGAUUUGCAUUCGCAAGAUACCCACUCCCCAUCCUAGCACUCCCAUUCGAGGAUGUGCAGGGGGUGGAUGGUCUGAGUGGCUGAUGCACGUGUUUCCAGCCAAGGUCAAGAGAAGGAGUGCACUGCUUUCUUGCUUCAGCUCAUGCCAUUAAAAAAAAGUAUCCUCUCCAUAA